ACCUUCGUGGUAUUCACGUGGUCACUUUGGAAAAUCCCUCGAGGAAUUUAAAAUUCGAUACGUCGUGUUGCACUUUUACUGAACGAUUUUUCGAAGAGAAUUUUUCGUUCUAACGAGAUUUGAUCGGACGACCAAUUAAGGGACGAGAGAUUAUUGUAAUCAACUGAAACCGCAAUCUUCCUUCCGAUUCCGCUCGAAUUAGAUACUCGUUUAAUUAAAUGUAAUUAAUUGUGUCUCGACAUCCGAGUUGGGUCCAACAAUCUCGGGGCCGUCGCGUGCUCGGGCGUCGAGUGGGGAUCGAUCCUAUAUAGGAGACCCCGUUUGCCCUCUCAUUCACAAAACGUAAAAACCCUCGGGAGAGCACAGAAAAGAUAAUGAAAAAACAGUGAACAUUAAUCAUCGAACUUGGAAACUGAGUGAAAACAAUGAAGUUACUCGUGUCGAUGUUCGUCCUGGCGUCAGCCUCGAUCGCAGCCGGUCAACACAGAUACGAACCGUUCGCCGAGAAGCCGGGCUCCUGCCCUCCACCCAUGCCAGUGCAAAUUUGCACCCAAUCGUGCUUCUCCGAUUCGCAAUGUCUGGGCAUCGGUAAAUGUUGUCCGACAAAUUGCGGCGGCUCUGUUUGCGCGAAACCCGUCACCACGAGGCAAACGACCGCGCCAGAGAAACCGGGUAACUGUCCGGCGGUACCGAAAGGCAGGUGGGUCUGUUCGCCGACUUGUACCGUGGACGCCGAUUGCAGAGGGAAACUCAAGUGCUGCAUAAAUCGUUGCGGAGCCAUGGCUUGCCAGCCUCCAGAACUCGAGUCGGAGGAAAACGCACCGGACGAUUCUAACAGCGUGGCCAGGAAACCUGACAGACCUCGAAAUCCGAACGAUCCUUUACUGUAUUUCUAACAACAUGUAAUCUCUCAUCUUUUGCGUAUGUAUCUGAUGACUAAUGCUUGGAACAUUUGGCGAGAAUAAAGAUAAGGAAAUAAACGAGUAUGAAUCGA